AGUGCCGCAAUUACUUGUAUUCAUCUAAACUGAAUUCUUUUUUAUUUAGAAAAAUCUGCAGCUUUGCUUGAUUUCUAAGCUGAAUUAUGAACUUCAAUUCAAUUUUUAAAUAGAUGUAUAUGAACUACUUUGGAGUUAUUUAGCUAGCGAAUAACUCCAAAAAAUUUCAAGUAUUUUUGUUGUGAACUCUUUCUUGUUAUUAACAAACAUUCAUUUUAAUUAUUUAAUGGUAUGCAGAUUGAGGACUAAAGUGGAUGCGUUACAAGAAAAUGUUGCUAGAGCAAGAGAUGUAUUCAAAAAUGUUAUUGAGGGGACAAAUAACUAAAUCAGGCAUGCUGAAUGGACAAUUAGAGUGACUUUAAUUAUGUAAAUAUUAAAUUAUUGGAAAUUAUUUAGACUUGGAUUACAUGGCAAAGAAGUUCUCAUGGCUGCUCAACACGUAUAAGCAAGGCAAGACAAUUGUAAAAUAUUUUCUCAACCAUACCCAUGCCUUGUCAUUCUUUAGAGGAAACUCAAAGUUGGAGUUAUUGAAGGUGGCAAAAACACGGUUUGCAUCACAUUAUAUACUUUUGAGAAGGUUAAUGGAUUGUAGAGAGGCACUUUCCACCACAAUAGUCCUCAAUUCUUGGAGGGAAUGGGUCAAAAGUGGGGAUGAAAAAAUGCGAACAGANACAAUCCCACUUCAUUGUUUGGGUUUUGCUUUAAAUCCAAGAUUUUAUGAUAAAUACUACUUAGAGAAGUUGGCUCCUGGUGGCAUGGCAAGAAAAGCACCAAACGAUGACAAAGAAGUUGUACUUGGUGUUAUGGAUGCAUUUCAAAGAAUUGCUGAAGAUGCUCAUGAAGAUAAGGUAUUAAGAGAACAAUUUGCAACCUUUCAUAUGAAGAAAGGGAUUUACUCUAGAGCAGCAACACAAGCUGAUGCCGUGACAAUGGAUCCAAUUGAUUGGUGGGCAACAUAUGGAUCAGAGACUCCUGAAUUGGCGGAAAUAGCUAAGAAAGUUUUGUCUCAACCAAUUAGUAGCUCUUCUGCAGAGAGAAACUGGAGUACAUACUCCUAUAUCCAUAAUGUCAAGAGGAAUCGCUUGAAUAGCAAGAGAGCCGAUAAACUUGUGUUUAUUCACUCGAAUAUUCGACUUCAGUCGCGCUUUUCAGAGUCCUACAAAUCAGGCCCUCACAAAAACUGGGACGUGAAUCCUGAAAAUACAUACAUAGAAGCAUAGUUAUCAAUGGCGCAAAUGGCGUGCGCCAUAGAUGCGCCUUUGGCGAUCUGCAGCGGAAACGCCACAAAUUGGGUCGUGGCGGCCGAUUGACUCGUGGCAGCGCCAAAUCUGCGCCAUCGACACGCCAUCGCCAUUCUUGCGCCAUUUUUUUAAUUUAACCCGACCCAAACCCAAAAAAUUAGGCCCAAUUAAGAAAUUAAUACUUUAAUU